UUCAUAAAGACUGCUGAGGGGACCUUUUCUACUUGCUUAAAAUAACUCAGCAGCAUGGCAUCUAUCAUUAUACAUAAAACGAGUGUUAAAUAUUAUUCACCCUUUUCCCUAGUUCAAAUGAUUCUUUUUAACUAUUUGUAGUUUUAGUGUUAGUCGGUAUAGAUAUUGAUCGGGAAGAGGCCAGAACCUACUGCAACAAAGCUUCGACUGUGAAAUGACCGUUUCCGACAGCCCAUGAAGGCAGGACUCCCCGUUUCCAGUUUACAGUCUCAGCCUUCUUUCAGAGAAGCGCUGUGCAGUUCGGGGAGCGCUCAUAUCCAGUCAUACGCACUUUAAACAGGAUGUAGCCAUUGACACAGACCACGGAAAAAGAAAAGGCGGCUUAAACUCUGCGACGUGACAAACACCAGCGAGCCAGAAAUGAACGUCACAGCGGAGGUGAAGGAGAAGACGGGAGGUCCCGCUGACCUGAGACACCCAGCACCGCCUCAGCCCCGCACGGUUAACGCACACUGAAAACACCAGCAUAGCCGAAAUUCUCCACAUCUCGUCGGUGGACCUUGGGAGCGAUAAUGGCGAGCCAGGGCGACUGCUCUGUAAAGGUUGCACUGAGGAUUCGUCCUCAGAUGGCCAAGGAGAAGAUAGAAGGAUGCCAUGUGUGCACGCUGGUCACACCCGGAGAGCCACAAGUCGUCCUGGGAAAGGACAAGGCCUUCACAUACGACUUUGUGUUUGAUGUCGACUCGGAGCAGCACCGAAUCUACCAGGCCUGUGUGGACAAGCUCAUCGAGGGCUGCUUCGAUGGCUACAAUGCCACCGUGUUUGCUUAUGGUCAGACGGGUUCAGGGAAGACGUACACCAUGGGGACGGGCUUCGACGUGGGUCUGACCCCGCAGGAGCAGGGCAUCAUCCCGCGGGCUAUUCACCAGCUGUUUGAGGGGAUCCAGAGCAGGAGGGCGCGCGCCCAAGCGGCCGGCACACAGCCACCUGAGUUUAAAGUUAGCGCCCAGUUCCUAGAGUUAUACAAUGAAGAGAUCUUAGACUUGUUUGAUGGAACCAGAGAUCCAGAAAGUCGGAGCAGGAAGUCCACCAUUAAGAUCCACGAGGACGCCAGUGGCAGCAUCUACACCACCGGAGUCACGUCCAGGCUGGUCCACUCGGAGGAAGAGCUGUUACAGUGUCUGAAGCUCGGUGCUCUGUCCCGCACCACAGCCAGCACCCAGAUGAAUGCCCAGAGCUCCCGUUCACACGCCACUUUCACCAUCCACCUCUGUCAGAUGAGAGUCUGCCAGCAGCCUCAAAUGAAUGGAGGAGGGGAGAACGGCGAGGUGAACGGUGUGGACUCUAGCCCCAUCGCCCAGCCGGAGUAUGAGACACUGAUGGCCAAGUUUCACUUUGUGGACCUGGCUGGCUCUGAAAGGCUCAAACGCACAGGAGCUACGGGAGAUAGAGCCCGCGAAGGGAUCUCUAUUAACUGUGGACUGCUGGCCCUGGGAAAUGUGAUAAGUGCUUUAGGAGAUCAGACCAAGAAGGGAGGACACGUCCCCUACAGAGACUCCAAACUCACUCGUCUUCUGCAGGACUCACUGGGAGGCAACAGUCGCACAGUGAUGAUCGCCUGCGUCAGCCCAUCAGAUCGAGACUUCAUGGAGACCUUGAACACGCUGAAGUACGCCAACCGUGCCCGAAACAUCAAAAACAAGGUGAUGGUGAACCAAGACAAGACCAGCCAGCAGAUCAGCGCCCUGCGUGCUGAGAUAGCCCGGCUUCAGAUGGAGCUGAUGGAGUACAAGGCGGGGAAGCGUGUGGCGUGUGAGGAUGGUUCAGAGGGCUACAGCGACCUGUAUCAGGAGACCGCCAUGCUGCAGAGAGAAAAUGACACACUACGCCUCAGGGUAAAAGCCAUGCAGGAGACCAUUGACCACCUCAACUCCCGUGUAACACAUCUGCUGGCCAAUGAGAUCAGCGCUCUGCUGACAAAAUCCAGUGAGGGGACUGAGGAGAUCGGGAUUUUAAUCCAGAACUACAUCCGAGAGGUUGAAGAACUGAGAACCAAGCUUCUUGAGAGCGAGGCCAUGAAUGAGUCGUUGCGACAGCAGGUGACCCGGCUCUCCUCCCGUUCCCCGUUCCUUUCUUCCAGUCUCGGCCCUGCCCCCGGCCACCCCCCUGGCUCCUCCCCUGCUCCCAUGUCCAUGGAGGCUGAGAUGACGGACGUGUUACGGCGAGCCAAGAUGGACAUCGAGAGGCUGAAGAAGAAGGAGAGGAGGCAGAGGAGGAUGAGUCCAGAGCUAGAGAAAGGUCUGAAGAAACGAGUGAAGCUGCACACUCACGAGAACGGAGAGAGCGGUGGGAACGGGCAAAACGAACACAAUGGAGAGAUCGAUUCAGAUGACAAUUGCACUGAGGACAUCAUGUCUCCGCUGCAGGAGGAGAGCUGUGAUGAUGACGAGGGGGAAGACGAGGAGGAGGGCAGGGAAGAGGAGGACGAGUUUGACAGUGAUGAGAGCUUGGUGAAUUCAGACUCUGACUCGGAUGAGAAAGCCAACUUCCAGGUGGACCUGGCUGAUUUGACCUGCGAGAUCGAGAUCAAACAGAAGCUCAUAGACGAGCUGGAGAACAGCCAGCGGAGGUUGCUGAUGCUGAAGCUGCAGUAUGAGGAGAAGCUCAUCCUUCUGCAGAACAAGAUCAGAGACACACAGCUGGAGAGAGACCGCGUGCUGCAGAACCUCAUGUCCAUGGAGAACUACACAGAGGAAAAGGCCAACCGAAUCAAGCAGGAGUAUGAGAAGCGUCUUAAGGAGAUGAACCGCGACCUAGUAAAGCUACAAGCAGCACAGAAGGAGCACGCACGUCUCCUCAAGAACCAGGGAAAGUAUGAGCAGGAGCUGAAGAAACUCCAGGCCGAAGUCAAUGAGAUGAAGAAAGCCAAGGUGGCACUGAUGAAGCAGAUGAAAGAGGAGCAGCAGAGGAGGAGGAUGGUGGAGGCUAAGAGGAACCGCGAGAUUGCUCAGCUCAAGAAGGAGCAGCGACGACAGGAGUACCAGAUUCGAGCGCUGGAGUCUCAGAAGCGGCAGCAGGAGCUGGUGCUGCGCAGGAAGACCCAGGAGGUGACGGCCCUACGGCGCCUUGCUAAACCUAUGUCAGACCGCGUGGCUGGACGCGUGGCCCGCUGGAACCAGACUCCUCCAGCUACAGACUCUGGAGCAGAGUUGUCAACUAACACUACUGUGAGCAGCUCUGAACCUGAGACCGGGAGGACAGUGAGCGGGUUGGUGCGACAGUGGAACAACAAGAAUAAUGUGUUCGGAUACCUGGGAGAGAGCGAGGGGAGCCUGAAUGGAACCAGGGUCAUUGGCAGCAGGAAGAAGUUGCAGCGUAAACCAAUAGGCCUUGGCAGCACUGGAGCAGCGGGCACAGCCAGCAGCUUCUCAAAGUCAGCCCGCCAGAAGUGGCAAGCCCUCGAGCGUCGUAUCACGGACAUCGUCAUGCAGAGGAUGACUAUUGCUAACGUAGAAGCUGAUAUGGAUCGCCUCAUCAAGCAGGAAGCGCUUUCACAUAAGAGGGAGGUACUGAUGGCAGAGGGGGAGGGACCUGAGGCAGAGGACCGCCUCCUUCAGGAAAUUAAUGAGGAGAUCGAGGUGCUGAAUGCCAAUAUAGACUACAUCAAUGACAGCCUGUCUGACUGCCAGGCUACCAUUGUACAGAUAGAGGAGACCAAGGAUGAGCUGGACUCGGUGGACACCUCAGUGGUGAUCAGCUCCUGCUCCCUGGCUGAAGCACGCCAUCUGCUGGACCACUUCCUGAAGGCCUCCAUAGACAAGAGCUUACAGGUGGCUCAGAAGGAGGCUCAGAUCAGACUGCUGGAGGGUCAGCUGAGACAGACAGAUGUGAUUGGCUCAUCCCACAAUCACAUGAUCCUUGAUGCCCUGCGAGAAAAGGCUGAGUACAUCCCUGAACUCCAGGCUCUCAUCCACAAUGUGCAGCAGGAAAACGGUUAUGCCAGCACUGAUGAGGAGCCUUCUGAGUUCAGCCAAGCCUCUGACAGCAGCAUAUCUCAAAUGAAAGAGUCCAACAGCCAAGAUGACUUCAAGUUAAAGAUGGAGCCUCGUCUGUCGGCUCAGAUGAAGGCGGUGUCGGCAGAGUAUUUGGGCCCCGUCAUUGAUCCCUCUUCAGGCGGAAAACCGCAGCACAUCACCAAGUCUUUGGCAUCGCUGACUGACAUCCAGGAGGAUGGCCUGAGUCUGGUGACAGGCAGUCUGGGGCUCAGCCUGGCCCUACGAGACACGUACCACAGGGACCGGGGAUCCCGCACCAUCAGUCUGCCCAUCAGGGGACACACAUUUCCCAGGCAGUCCCGGGGUUAUGACACCUCCCCUAUAACAAGAAGGAAAUCUUACGACCGUGCAUACAGGCCCACUGACGGCUAUACUCCCCCCUCCUCCCCUCCUCUGAGGACCAGGAACGACCGCAACGUCUUCUCAAGGCUCACCAGCAACCAAGCCCAAGCUUCUGCUCUGGACAAGUCAGAUGACAGCGACUCCUCACUCUCCGAGGUGCUCAGGGGUGUGAUCAGUCCCAUUGGUGGUGUGAAGGGGGGUCGGACAGCACCCUUGCAGUGUAUUUCUGUAGCUGAGGGCCAUUCAAAGCCAGUCCUGUGUGUGGAUGCUACAGAUGAGCUGCUGUUUACUGGAUCUAAAGAUCGUACUUGUAAGAUGUGGAACUUGGUAACUGGUCAGGAGAUUCUCACCCUCAAAGGCCACCCCAACAAUGUGGUGUCAGUCAAAUACUGUCCUUCUUCCUGUCUGGUCUUCUCUGUCUCCACUUCCUAUAUCAAGGUGUGGGACAUCCGUGAUUCUACUAAGUGUGUCCGCACACUCACUUCAUCAGGGCAGGUGGUUUCAGGUGACGCGUGUGCGGGCACCACCACCCGUACAAUCACCUUUGCACAGGGGGAAUGUCAAAUUAACCAGAUAGCCCUCAACCUAUCAGGAUCUGUGCUCUACGCUGCUGCUGGGAACGCUGUUCGCAUGUGGGACCUCAACAGGAUGCAAGUGAUGGGGAAGCUGACAGGUCACAUUGGCCCUGUUAUGUGUCUGACAGUGGGACAGUCUCUGCUGUGCAAAGACCAAGUUAUCACUGGCUCCAAAGACCAUUAUGUUAAGGUGUUUGACGUAGCAGAGGGAACUCUGGGUAAUAUAGGCCCGACUCAUAACUUUGAGCCACCACAUUAUGACGGCAUCGAGUGUUUGGCUGUGCAAGGAGACGUGUUGUUCAGUGGGUCAAGGGACAACGGCAUCAAGAAAUGGGACCUGGAGCAGCAGGAGCUCACACAGCAAAUCCCUAAUGCCCAUAAGGACUGGGUGUGUGCUUUGGCACAUGUCCCGGGCCGGCCCAUGCUGCUGAGCGGCUGUCGGGGCGGCAUGCUGAAGGUGUGGAACGUAGACAACUUCACCCCCAUAGGAGAGGUCAGAGGUCAUGACAGCCCUAUUAAUGCCAUAUGUACCAACUCAAGACAGAUCUUCACUGCAUCCAGCGACUGCAGGGUGAAGUUGUGGAGUUAUGUGCCAGGCUUGACCCCUUGUCUUCCUCGACGAGUCCUGGCCAUCAAGGGUCGAGCCACCAGCCUCCCAUGAUUGCCUCUUCUCUGCUCACCAACCCUCCCUUUCUCUGUGACAAAACGGUGAAGAUCUGGCUGUCAAAGGUGUGGAGGAAGAGGUGACAACCGAAGUGACGCCGGUUCCUUUGUCAGCCAUGUUGCUGCAACUUCAGCCACUGAUCUGUAACCUGCUCACUUCUAGCAAUGGGAUGUGACACUGAAAUCACAGUUUCGAAGACAGUCAAGGUGUUUCUGUCUUUGUCACCGUACAAAGUGACAAAGUGGAAUAUGUAUUGAAAGGCAAAAAACAAUCUGCCUUUCAGAUUUUUUUACUGCCAAUUUGAAAGUGCCAUUCAGGUGUGAUGCUGCGUGGACAAGAUAAACCCUGUUUUACUGGCUUUGGCUUCAUGAGGGUAACAUGGAAACUACUACAGUCUGGUAUGGAAAGGAAAAGAAAAAAGAGUCCAUCUGUUCUUUCACCAAGGCUUCAGAGUCCUUGUAGAACAGUGAGAGAUGAAUUUGAAUUCAUGUAUCUACUGUGUGAAAGUCAAGACGGGGUCCAAAUUUAAUCGCAGAAGGACGCAGCCUAACAGCUGGAACCUCUGAACAAGGCUGUUUGUGCUUAUUUCUAUUGUGGGUAUUGUGAAACUGAACACACUGGUGGGUCACACUGUGUUCAUCGGGGUGGAUGAUCACAAGACAGUUGCUGAUCUUGAAUUAGACUGGAAGAUUUCACCCACCACUAUCACUUGACACAUUUUUUUUUUUUACCAAGAAAUGCUCUGAUUUACUUCCAGCCUCUUACAAUGCACCACUGAAACAAAUGCAUCCAAAAAGGUGGUGUUUAAUUUUUUUUUUUAAAUGACUUUCAUUAAUUUAUUAUUUUCCUACCUCAGUUGUGUUGGACUUUGGCGUGAGGUGGGAAGGAACAUUUUUACAGGUCUUCCUAUAUAAACACCUGGUGCUUGACCAUUUGAAGACUUCAUUUAAUGCCUGGCUCUUCGUUUCUACGUGGAUGUGCCCCUUGUGGCACUUCAGCUAUCAGACUGUCUAGCUGCUGACCUUGCAAACGGCAAAGCACACAUCCAGUAGCACAACUAAGGUACCACUGGCCCCGAAGGAUCUGACUGGACUGUAUUAUCUGCUCUGCAAAGUGCUGACUAAAGCAAAAACACAAAACACCCCUGCAGAUGCACAUGACAUGAGCAGUCCACACCUACAGUACACCCUCUUUACACAUUUGUGAGUCGGGUACUCCAGUGAGGCCAAAGCUCCAGAUCAUUAUACAGUACGUGGUUCAUAGCUGCCAUUUAUGCUCCAUGUACAGUAAAUGUAAUAGGAGCUUUAUCAGCGUCCCCCUGCCUGCUUUCAGCCGCACUCUGAUCUUUAAGCUUACAGACGGCAUCCAACUGAUCAGCCUUGCUGCUGAGUUCACCACCCAGCUACUGAACUUCUCCGGGAAGCCAAUUUAAUUAGAGCUCUCAUAAUUCUGCCGACUGCUUUUCAGGCAAGAUUACUUGGGUGAAAGUAGGUCAUAACAGAGAGGGAUUUUUUUUUUUUUUUUUAUUAGAAUCCCAAUUUUCUUCCACCCACUUAUGUGCUGCUACAUUUAAAAUACAGGAAGAAACUUCUGUACAUGUGCACUGAUGUACAAAUCUGUUCAUGUGACAGAUUAUGUGUGUGGGCAACACACACAUAUGCACAAACUGUGGACACACAAACAAGAUUUCAGUGGAUGUUUCGGUUCCCCGUCUUGCCUGAUAGGUCUUGGCAUCCUUCACUGUGUUGAUUUAAUAACUCUUUAAGGAAACAAAUUCAGCACUGCAGCGCUCUAGUGACACAUCCAUACACACACCUACAGGCGACAUAAAUAACACAGGUCUUACAAGUCCUUUCAAUCAUCUUUUUGUUGUGUGAUGCUUCUAAAUACAAAUAUCAAGCAUUCACAUCACUUUCAGUUUGACCUUGAGUUUUUUUCUGUAUCCCACCAAAAUGAUACCUAGCAUAUUAAAAGCUGUUUGUCAUACAGAUCUCCUAUCAUUUAAUAAAAACCCUAUUAAUUUCUGUUAGUA